AAACAUCCUCCCAACGGAGCAAAUUCUUUUUCGUAUCGCAACCAUUAUUCAGCUCCCUAUCGAUACCGAUCCUACAGGACAUCUUCGCUGGUUUAUCCCGCGGAUCAAGGGUCCCCACUAUCACUGAGCAGGGAAAGAGAGCUCACCUCAACAACAACAUAUUACACUCCCGCAAUCCAGUCUUGAUUGCAAGAUGGACUCAUCCGAAUGGUCCGAAUCCGCUGCCGGUACGAAGAGAAAGCGCAGCCCUGGUGUAGAAGAAGGUCGACAAUCCGCGCCCCCUCCACCAGCCAGCCACGGAGUCGCCCCCGCUGCUCCCGCUCCCACUCCGAUCAACUAUCUGGUGAAGGCGAAAUCUGAGAGACUUCGACUCAUCGAGGGAGAUAGCGAGACAUUCUCCGAAGUCCUCUCAAUGAUUGAUGACUAUGAAGGUGUCCUCAACCGUCACGAGAGUUUUGCAGGCAAUCUUGGCGCAAGACUCAUAGGUCCACGUGUCUUGAAGUCCCUCGAGAAGAUGUUUGAGAGUCCCAUCAAGGUCAUCCAAUCUUCUUUCGCCAUAGAGCAAACGCCUGUCACCUGGUUCGACAUUACAACUUUCUCAGUGACCAAUCUCGCCGAUUUCGUGGUGUCAAAGGAAAAUUCUGUUACCCGAUGGCGCUUCUGGAUCAAGGGUGGACAAGUUGAAAUCUCUGAUUAUGACCACGAUUUACUGGUAUCUGGAGUUCCACAAAGAAUCAUCACUCCCUCCGACCCCCACCCCAACGAUGAAUCUUCCGAACUGGGAACACUGAGCAUCUUGGAAGACCGCCUGGGUAUGUUGAUUAAGAAAGCAGACGCCGUCGCUAGCAAAGCUAGGCAAUUGAGAUAUCAUCUCAAGGGCCGUAAGACUACCAUUGCGGCACGCAAAACCUCUGAGCACUCGACUAGUGCAAGUACAGAGCUUCCCCAAACUUUCGCGCCAGUCAAUCCUAGAACCAACACCCCACAACCAAACAGUGAAUCCGCGGUGCUACAGAAGCAACUCAUGGACCAGUUCCUUGAGCAUGAGCGACGAACUUCCUUACCACAAUCUCGUCCAAAGGCAAGUCGUCCCUCCACCGACGGCUUUCACACCUACAACGGACAAGACCCCGAAACUCGUCGUAUGGCAAACCCAACAACUGCGUCGUCAUCCGAGAAUGAUACUGAAGGUCGAUAUCGCGCAAUCAUGGCUGCCAAGAUCGAGAAGCUCGAAAGAGGAGAUCCUAUCAAUCCGCCGUGUGACCGAUGCAGACGGCUAAAAUUUGACUGCACGAAACAUCUCACCGCUUGUCAAGCCUGUACAAAGAAGCACGCCAAAUGCUCUUGGAAGGACGUCCAAGAAAGCGAAAUCGAUUAUGCUCCUUCGACUUCAAUCACCACUCCUCGCCCCCAAACUACAGGAACCUAUGCAGCCAACGACCAAAGCCCAGAGGAGUCCUCAAUGUUUGUAUCUCCGGCAGAACAACGAAACCACCAAAUGUUGUCAGUCACGCGCGAAGCGAAGAUGGAGGAUGCUUCUGGGACUUCAGAGGAACACUCGAAGCUGGCUGAGAUUGCAACUGCUGCUGCGGCAGCCAACCAGGGCGGCAGCAAUUGAUAAGCCUGACAAUUGUUCGGACUGGCGAUUGUUGGCCUAGCCAUAUUUGGACAUGGCAAAUGAUGAGUCGAGGAGGAUGAUUGUACGAAUUUGUAUGAUAUGAGCGAAUACCCUGCUUCCACACGAUGCUUUUUUAGACUAG